AUGGAGAGCGUGAAUGUAUCAGAGCUCGUCGAGCGGCUGGGGAGCGACGAAGAUGCGGUGCGGAAGAUGGCUGUGUUCAAGCUGCAGUCGAAUAUAGGGGAUCCUUCGUUCGCGGACAUCUUCAUCGCAGAGGGAGGACUGACCAAGCUGAAAUAUCUCUCACUGACGGCCUCGGGGAACACGCUCGCAUACAGUCUUACCUCGUUCGCCAGGUUGUUGGAAGUGGACAAGGGGUGGGAGUUCGUACAAACCGACCUGAUCGAGAGAAUUGUCCAGCUUAUCGUCACUCAUCCGCUUGUUAAUAUCCUUCGAGGCGCAAUGUCUAUACUCGUUUCCAUCGUUUCACACCCUCAUACCUCUGGUCGCUCUUCGGUGCCGGGAAUGUUUGGCUUCCAGGCCCUUAAACCAGCCAUCGCCAUCCAUCCACAGUUCCUAGAGAUGCUGGUCAGAAGGCUAUCAUCCGCGGACCACGCUCUAUGCGCCAAUGCGCUGCAACUAAUCAAUUCGCUGAUGAGAGAUUCGAUAUCGAACCAGGGCGAGAAUGAAUGGCCCAAAUUUAUCAAGCGAUUACAGGAUCUCGGCGUGAUACGCGCCGUCUACGUACUUAUGCAGGGAAGCGCGCUGCAGGAUCUAGCCCACCCACUCAUCGAGUUCCAGUCUCUUACAAAGUUGCUCCUGCGGAAAUGGAGGGAGGUACCCGUUGAUCUGGAGAGAUCAGAGCACCGCAGGGCGCUAAAGGGGAUCCACCUGGCUAGCAACCCCGAACGAGCUGAGAAGGAUUCUUCCGCUGGGGACGGUGCUGCUUUGCCUCACAAGUCGUCCAAGAGACAUCACCCGCAUAAAUGGCGCCGCCUUGGAUUUGAGUCCGAAAGCCCUCAGUGGGAGUUCCAGGAAAUGGGAUUCUUGGGUAUGAUGGAUUUGACUGAUUACGUCCGGAGAUACCAGGAUGAGUUCCAGAAGAUGCUCCUUGAGCAAUCUACUCGACCAGCUGAGCAGAGGUGCCCAAUUGCCCGAGCUUCUCUGGCCGUGACAUCCGUGUUGUACGAGCAUUUCGAAGUCGACAAGGCCGAGGUAGAUGACCCAAAGAGCUACCUUGCGCUUGAAGCCAAGACGAAUUUCGAUAAAUUGUUCAAGCCAAUCCUCCUUCACUGGCCGAGACUGCAUGUUGCUGGUUUGCACGCAUUCUUCCGGCUCUGGAAAUCUACUGCGGCCGAAGUGGAAGAUUUCUCGAAGAUAGUUGAGUUGGUUCGGAUAUUAGUCGAGAGUGUCAUCGGUGGUGCUUCGCGCGUUAAAGAUGUGCUGGAAGUGGAAGAGGAGAUGGCUGACUUUGAGUAUCAGCGCCUCAGAGAGCUUCAGAUGGAACUGCUAGAACUCACGUACGAAGACGUAUGGGGUCAGCAUCUACACCAGGUCCGAGAGGAACUGCAUCAUGAGGCAUUGCAGUUCGUCAAGGAGCAGCGUGUCCGGUGUUUGUUGCAGGGUGCUUGGUUCCCAAGUACAGAGUUGAGUUCGAAGGCUGCGGCCGAUAGCAAUGGGGCGGCGGACAAACGAGGAGUGUCGACGUAUCAUAGAUACAUCCAGCUCUCGCAUAACAGGCGGUUCUUACACUAUGGAGAUUUCGAGUCUGCAUCCGAUGACUUCAAGCCUGAAUUGGAGUCUCUAUCCAAUAAGAUCGACCUAAGCACCGUAUCUUCCGUCGUCUCCAAUGUAUCCGCUUCUCCGGACGAUUCGUCUGGCUCAACUAUCAAAACGCUCCCUCAUACCGCCAGCGCAUCAACUAAAAUCACAAUUCACGGCUUAGCCAAAUCUGCUUCAUCAGGGCCCCAUGAAUCACCGAAUCUCAGGACAGAGAGCAGAGCUACUGAUUAUCCCGGCGAUGAAAAUCAAGGCCAGAAUGAAGUUGUGCUGCUUAUUCUCUACCCUCAGUCACACAGCAUAGCAUCCGAGUGGCUGGACGGACUACUGAUGCUCCUCAACCAACAGCCCAUAACCGCAGAAACUAACAAGUUAAUCAAUCUUAUCAGCAACUACGGACUGAAAAUUAGGCUGCUGAAUGUCCGCUUUGAUGACGCUGCGUUUACUGGUGACUGCCCUGAAGUCCCUAGUAGGGAGGGACUGGACGAUGACUAUUAUUAUGAUAUUUUUGGAGGAAGCUGA